GCACAGUUUUCUCGAGUCCAUCGUUUACGAUGUACACGCCGUCACACAUCACUGGCGUUGAUAAACAUGCCGCAUACAGUUACUGUAUCAAUUCCCUAAUACCCUUGUGCUCAUAACAUAACAUAACUUCAAUUUAAGCUCGUCAAGAAGGUUGGCAUGUUUUUACUCAUCUGGAUCUGUACCAGAUACUCAAGUAAAAACACGAAGUUUGUUUGUAAGCUCCUGUUCAUUUGUUUCCUUUUUUUAACUUGUCCAUGCCAGUUACGAUUCCUCACUGGCCUGGAUUUCGAAACUUGGACUUAAGUCUGAGAUAUUACUGAUUUUGACUGCUUAAAUAAAAGACACUAAAACUAAGUUUGAGAUUUUGUGAGAAAUCCAAGCCUGGUGAGAGUGUUUGCAGCAUGAGUUUGAGCCCCGCGUAAAACCUGAGACGUAAAUACAACAGGAAGCGCCUAUUUCAUCGCCAACCGCCCGGUAUUGAGAAGUCAGAGUUGCUGAUCUUACGCAUGAAACAUUAACCACUGAGGUCACUUGUCGUGGUAGGCGUUGUAAUGACACAAAACCCAAAUCAUUACGGUUCUGAUCACUAUAGAGGACAUUUGAAGCACUUCAUCUACAGUUAGUCAGUGACGUCAUAGUAUGAGCGAAAACAAAUAUUAAGGGGAUGCAAAAUAAACAAACUACAACUUAUCUAGCGGACCAAUGUCAACAAAAAUAGAGAAGUAAGUUGAUAACCACUAAGCCAUAAUACGAGAGUUGGUGUGAGAAACUCCUUAUGUAAAGUCUAACUGUAUCCAAACCACGGCUUCCGAGGCAUAGUGCUACAAAAAAAUGGAUAUCAAAUUCUAUAUUGAAAUACAUGUAAUUCCAAAGAUGUUGAACAGGUGGUGAUUCCAAAGAUUUCCAUCAGGUGGUGAACACCACGGAUUAGUUGCACAAUUUCACCACUGAAUUAUUAACUGUUUAUCUUUCAACGAAACAUUCAAGACAAGAUUAAAUGAACAGUCUACUCCACUUACGUUGAAACCACUUACUAGUAUAUUGAACUAUCUGUUACAAAAAUAAAUCUCCCAUUGAUAAUAUUUAUAUAUCUAAACAUCGAUGAUUUUCAACUUUGGAUAUAAUGAACAAUUCAGGUCGGUCCCCUGAAUUUUAUAUCCGGAGUAGACUAUACAAAAGUAUAAUCUUUUCAAAGAGUUCAUAUGUACGUUCCUUGAUCCAUAUAUACAAUAUAAAGAUAUGAACAUUUUAGAUUUUUCUUUCCACGUCACCUUAUUGCACUUGAAUCCCUCCUUAGAUGGAUUACUGUUUCCAAACACAUACUUUUAAUUUCUUUGCAAUCCUUAAAUAUCACAGGCAUUUUGUUUUCCUUUUUACAUUUUUCACUUGCCUCUUUCCUUUAUCUCUCGUCUCCCCAGUUUUUAUCUUGACAAGAUCUCAUAACAUAUACACGAAGAUGCAUGAAAGUACUGUUUCGACAAUAGUCUCACUUUCUUUCCUAUAAUUGACUGAUUUCUCGCUGUUGUUUUGUAUUUGAACGUAUGCAUGACUGGAUGACAUUAACUCCUCACACAUGAGUUGUUCCAGAGAAUCAUCACCAUACAUACAUAAUAUUGCACCAGUAGCAAAUUAUUAGUAUGGGAACUAUCGCUGCCUAAUCGCACACGUGUUUCCCAAUAUCAGUAUGUUACUUUCAACCGUUUGUCUUAAGAAAUAUCACUACAUUAUACAAUUCUACUUGGGGCUGAAAUCUCCCAUUCAUUCUGUCUGAUGCUAUACCCAGUCUAUAUUAUCCACAAUGGUAUCAGUACCUUCUUCAAAACUAACCACUCUAGAUUUAUUCUUAGUCAGAAAUACAUGUACCGGUAGAUAUGUUAGACAGAAUACAUGUAGCUAUUGGUAGGAAUUUCUACUUGAACUUUAAAUUUAACCAUUCUUAUUCUUAUCUAAAACUAUGAAACUGCACUUUGUCAAAUUAAUGCGAGACCACAUCCUUGAUCAAUUCUUACCAUAAUCACUGCGACUACAACAGCGAUGCAGAUUUUUACAGAUAUUAUGUCGAAAUGCGCAUCUGGUGCAUCAGAAUUGGUACCGUAUAAGUUUUACAUUAUGAUCCCUGGGUCGAGGCCUCUGCUGGUGGACUGUUACUCCCCGAGGGUCUCUACUGCCCAGUAGCUAAGUACUUCGUUACUAGCUUGAAAAUACGGAUGCAUAUUUAAUUGCUGUGAUAUAAUUUAGUAAUUCAUUUCAAAAUUAAGGAUUAUCUCCCUCAUGCAUAGCUCUUAUCUUUAGACGAAUUUGACUCUACUUUUUUGGCGCUCUGUUUUCCCCUAAAAUAGCUCUAGCAAGUUUAUUGUUAUUUCAGAUUUCAAACAUAUCGGUUGAGCAUCACUGAAAAGACAUUAUUUGUCGAAAUGCGCAUCUGGUGCAUCAAAAUUGAUAUCCUAGCCACAAAGUUCGAUACAAGGGAAAUGUACAAAAGAUUGCCUUUCCUUGAUCGCUUACGAAACAACGAGAAAGCUAUGAUAGAAAAGUUCUUCAUUGAUAAGUUCAGAAAAGAAGCAUUAAAGAUGGUAUGGAAAGAUGACGUGAAAGACAAAGAAAAAGCAGUAGAAGCUCGUCGAAAAUUGAUAGAACAAAAUGACCAGCACCGAAACGAGGCUAAUAAAUGGCAUACGAUUUUACAAAACAUGGAACGUAAAUUAGAGGACAGCAAAAUGGAAAUCACGGGGCUUAACUCUCACGUGAGGAGCUUAGAGGGCAAUUUAAAAGAAAUGUCUUCCAAGCAUCACGGAGAUGUAAACUCACAGAUGCGUUUUAACCAAGCCAAUGAAAAUCAACUACAGAAGGCCAAAGAUAAACUCAGUACUGCACAGGCAACUUUAAGAGAUAUCAAGUCAAAGCUCGAUGCAGCUCUUCAGAGUCGACCAAGACAAUUAACUGAGAAACAAGAAGUAGAAUUACAUAUAAAUGAAUUUGCUUUCCUAAAUGAAGAUGUUGACAGAUUACUGGAAAAACACGAUGAAUUGAAGACCAUUGGUUUAAAGUAUUUUGACCUUUGCGAACAAAGAGACUAUUGUCUGACACAUAUGGGUUUUGAAACAGGACAUGGUGCGCCUUCCUUGUUAGACGCUUACAGGGAAUUUGCAGUGAAAACAGAGGAGACGAUGACAGAACUGCAACAGAAGAUUUCAGAAUAUGGAGAAAUCGUGGAAACUUCAAAGAAGAAAUCUCAAGAAGAGGAUAAGAAGAAGAACGCAUUCCAGAUGGGAGCAACUGUAUGGCAAUCGGCCAUCAUGAAUGUCAUGCGAAGUCAAUUGCAAGAUGUUAAACUCGAAAAUCGAAAAAAGGACACUCGGAUACAGCUUCUUGAAACUGAGGGUUCAAAAUCGAAAUCCAGAAUAACUGAACUGGAACAAGAACUCAAGAGACUGAAAAACUCAAGAUCAAGAACUUCUAGAGAACUGCUCAGCGUUGAUAACAUAAACGGGGACUUGUCAGUCAGUACAGAUAGGAGCGAUCGUCUUGGAGAUUUUGAAGAUGAAAACAGAAGGCAGAACAUUUUACCACAUAUUCACAAGCAGACGUAUCCUGCUCCACAAUACACAGUCCAGACAAGUUCUACCACAAAAAAACCAAACGAAGCUACUCGGCAAAUGGGAAUGCCAUCAAACAAAUUUUCUGUCUUUCCUGAAGGGCUUACAACAGCCCCUCUUCGUCUGGAAAACAAAACUCAAUACAACAAAUAUCUGAAUAAAAGCGUCCCAGGACUCGGGGAUCUAAAGGCAAUGAAUGCGAGGAACAAAUUCGAAAAGUCGUUGAAUCCAACAAAAGUUCGAAAUUAAAACUAAUUUCGACAUUAUCUACACUAACAAUUGACGAUUUCAGAAAAUGUAAUCUGCUCUUAAUGUGCCAAUUUUCUGUGUUAUUUAUGAAUUCUUAAAGGAUCCAACAUUCCAAGAUGCUUUCAUUUGAAUUAAAUGUUGCAUAAUGUUCCUUCGUGGAGGACAACUCGUGCUUCAUACAGCAUUAGCAUUUGAUUUCGUGUUAUAUUUUCAUUUUCGAAAGAAGCACGUUUAAACUUCACUAUUUCGAACAAUACUUUUAUAUAAAACGAAAGAUUGAAGGAUAUAUUGAUAGUGCUAUUAUUAUUUUUUUCGUGUUUUCUCUCUUAAUUUAAGCACAAUUAAACGAGAGGGAGACGGACCUUAUAGAGUGACAAAUGAACUGUUUUACUAGCAGUGUCUGUGAUAAAAAUAAAAAAAAAGGUUAAUGUGAUAUGUCGAUCAUAUAUUUAGAUAUAUCUAAAUUAUAAAAUUAUCACAUCUUAACAAAAAAUAAAAAGUUUGAUUUUCAGAA